UCCUUUUCCUUUUCCUUCUUCUUCCUCCCAUCAUCGUGGCCACCUGGCCUUGAUCCUUUCUUGUUUCUAAUUUUUUUUCCCUUUUCUAUAUAACCCAAAACGCAUAUAUACGAUGUCCCAAGAUGUGGCGGAGCAGAACAUUCAGAUGUGGAAAAUCAAGAAACUGAUCAAGAGCCUUGACUCUGCCAGGGGCGCAGGGACAUCCAUGAUCAGCUUGAUCCUUCCUCCGAAGGAUCAAAUAUCCCGAGCUUCUGCCAUGUUAACGCAAGAAUACGGUACAGCGUCCAACAUCAAAUCCCGAGUAAAUCGUCUCUCCGUCCUGGCAGCCAUCACCAGUACCCAACAACGGCUCAAGCUUUACAACCGAGUCCCGCCCAACGGUCUCGUGCUCUUCGUAGGCACCAUCCUAACAGACGAAGGCAAGGAAAAAAAGGUCUCCUUCGACUUUGAGCCUCACAAACCCGUCAACACGUCCCUCUACCUAUGCGACAACAAGUUCCACACCGAAGCUCUAUCGGAGCUUCUCGAGUCCGACUCCCGGUUCGGGUUCAUCGUCAUGGAUGGAAACGGCACCCUCUUCGGCACACUCGCUGGAAACACCCGCGAAGUCAUCCAUAAAUUCACUGUCGACCUCCCCAAGAAGCACGGACGAGGAGGUCAGUCUGCACUGCGUUUCUCCCGUCUUCGUGAUGAGAAGCGUCACAACUACGUGCGCAAGGUGGCAGAGUUGGCCGUGCAGCAUUUCAUCACCAAUGAUAAAGUCAACGUCACGGGUCUUGUCCUGGCGGGAAGCGCGGAUUUCAAGACGGAGCUCAGCCAGAGUGAUAUGUUCGAUUUGAGGCUGGCGGCAAAGAUCAUCAAGGUUGUGGAUGUAAGUUAUGGAGGUGAGAAUGGGUUCAACCAGGCCAUUGAACUGGCUGCAGAGUCUCUCGCGAACGUCAAGUUUGUUCAGGAAAAACGGCUCAUCCAAAAGUACUUUGAUGAAAUCAGUCAAGAUACGGGCAAAUAUUGUUUUGGUAUCGAAGACACGCUCAAGGCACUUGAACUCGGAGCGGUGGAGACCCUGAUCGUAUGGGAGAACCUCGAUAUCACUCGUUACAUCCUUCGUAACGCCGCUGGAGAGGAAAUCGUCGUCUACCACAACAAAGAACAAGACAAAGACCGCACGAAAUUCAUAGACAAAUCUACGGGACUAGAGAUGGAGCAAUCCGAGGAUCCACAGGCGCUCCUGGAGUGGUUUGCGGAAAAGUACAAAGAGUUUGGAGCCAACCUUGAAUUUGUGACGAAUCGGUCACAGGAGGGGGCUCAGUUUGUCAAGGGAUUUGGUGGCAUUGGGGGAUUGUUGAGGUACAAGGUUGAUUUUACUAACCUGGGGACUAUUGAUGAGGAGGAAGAGGAUGAGUUUUAUUCGGAUGAUGAUGACAUCUGACGGUUUUGCUGGCUCUUAGGAGCCCCGUCCAUCGAGGGUACGACGGGGGGGGCGGGUGGUAGGGGAAGUGGAAUGGGCAUUGGAAACAAGAUGCUUUGCGACCGAGUUGUGAACAUCCGAUUCUUGUCCUUCAAGGGCAAUGUUUGAAGCACAAGCUGUGUACUCGACAGAUGGGG